ACAUAUAUAUAUUGAGUGUCAAAACCAUUUUAACAAAUACUACUUACAUUUUAGCAAAAGCAACACAUUUCAAUUCAAAUAUGCAUAGUACAAAGCUUCGAGACUUUAUAUUUUUCAUUCUUUCAUUCAUUUUUCUCUCACAACUUUGUUCAUCAACCCCUUUAAACGAGUUCCUAAAAUGCUUCCAAAAAAACUCUAAUAAUAACUCCAUGCUAAACAUUAUCACACCUCAAAACUCCACAUUCAAAUCCAUGCUACUCUCACGCAUCCACAACAAAAGAUUCGCCACACUCCAAACCCCUAAACCCCUUGCCAUCUUACAACCCAACCACGAGACCCAAAUUAAAAGCAUAAUAUUAUGCGCCAAACAACACAAUCUUCAGCUUAGGAUUCGAAGUUGCGGUCAUGACUUUGAGUGCCUAUCAUCGGUGUCUACCGUCCCCUUCAUCAUCCUCGACAUGCUUAACUUUCGAUCCAUUGACAUAAACUAUAGUGAUGAAACUUCUUGGAUUGAAGCUGGUGCCAGCCUUGGCGAGCUUUACUAUAAGUUAGGGAUGACUAGUCCAAUCCAUGGGUUCUCGGCCUCAGUAUGUCCUGGGGUUUGCACUGGUGGACACAUUAGUGGCGGAGGAUAUGGAACAAUGAUGAGAAUGCAUGGACUCACGGUUGAUAAUGUCUUAGAUGCUCGAAUGAUGGAUGUUAAUGGUGACAUACUUGAUAGGAAAUCAAUGGGAGAGGAUGUGUUUUGGGCCAUUAGAGGAGGAGGUGGUGCCAGUUUUGGUGUUAUCAUUUCAUGGAAGAUCAAAUUGAGUCGUGUCCCACCUAAAGUAACAGUUUUUAGAGUAAAAAGGACUGAAGAACAAGGCUCCUUUGAGGCUUUCCAUCGUUGGCAAUAUGUGGCUCCUAACUUGCCUAAGGAGAUAUUCAUUAGAGCAGAGUUGGAUGUGGUAAACAAAACAAUUGUGGUGUCUUUCAUUGGACAUUACUUGGGCCAAGCCCAAGAGCUUCUUUCCCUUCUAGAACAGAGAUUUCCUGAAUUGCAUUUGAAUAAAAAAGAGUGUUUUGAAAUGAGUUGGGCGGAAUCCACUGUCUUUUGGAUCGAUGGUCACCCUGCUGAAAACAUAACAUCAUUGGAUGAGUUGCUUGUUCAGCCAAAUGGGCCAGGAGAGUUUUUCAAGUUAAAAUCUGAUUACAUGAAAAAACCUUUUACAAAGCAAGCAUUGAAGAAAUUAUGGACAAUGAUGAUCAAGAUUGGUCGUGUUUGGAUGAAAUGGAAUCCUUAUGGAGGGAGAAUGAGCGAGAUUCCAGAAUGGGAAACGCCUUUCCCUCAUAGGGCUGGAAAUUUGGCUUUGUUGCAAUAUUACGUAUUUUGGAAUGAGGAUGGAAAUAAUGUAACAAAUCAUUACAUGAAUCUUUCCAGACAAUUGUACGAGAAGAUGGCUCCUUAUGUUUCGAGAAAUCCUAGAGAAACAUUCUUGAAUUAUAGGGAUCUUGAUAUUGGUGAAAAUCCAAAUAAUGAGACGUUGUUCAAGAAUUCCCUUGUUUAUGGAAGAAAAUAUUUUAAGGGUAAUUUUGAUAGGUUGGUUAAAGCAAAAACAUUGGUGGAUCCUGGCAAUUUCUUUCGAAACGAGCAAAGUAUUCCACCUCUUCAGACAACGAAUUUAGUUUAAACUAAUUUUAAGCAUUUCUUCCGAGGAAAAAAAAUAUUAUAGACUACUUUAUCAUUAUUAAUAAUAAUGUAUAUGCUGUUUUUUAACAAAAUAACAAUGAUAUAUACAAUUC